AUGAAGCCGGUCCCCCUACUCCUGCUCCUCUCCUCGGUCCUCCUCUCGUCGCACCUCCGCCCCGCCGCCGGCAGACCGCGCAUCCUCCCCGGCUGGCUGGAUGGCAGCGGCCGCCUCCAGACGCAGCAACUGGACGAAGUGCUCCUCAGAGCGGCGGCCGCCGGGGACAGCAGCGCCUCGGACCUGCUGGGCGACCACCUCCUGAGGUUCCUGCAGAAGAGGAACCCGGACCCUCUGCACCUGCUCUCACCUGCAGGGGAGAGCGAGGAGCAGCGGCACGCGGAGGAGGAGGAGGAGCAGGCGGUGAGGACGGCGGUGCAGCUGUUGAAACGCAGCGAAGAGCCGCCGCUGUCCAUCGACCUCACCUUCCACCUGCUGAGGAAUAUGAUCCAGAUGGCCAAGAUGGAGAGCCAGAGGGAGCAGGCUCAGCUCAACCGCAAAGUCCUCGACGAGGUCGGGAAGUAAAGCUCUAUUUUUUUUAAAUGCCUCAUUAAAACAGCCAGAGAGCUGUCCCAAGUAUUCAAGACCUCUGACAUUAGUUGUUGUUUGUGCGCCUGCCUUCCUCUCCGCGUCAUUUUACGCACAGAUGGUGCCAUUUUACGCAUCGCAGCAUCCGCGAGUAACAUGUAAAUUCUCAAGCGUUUAUUUAAAGACUCUGUUGGAAAAGGUGGAAACGGACCUCUCAGACCCCCCC